CGGGACGUGAACGUACUUGUAACUUAACUGAAUUUCUGCGAUUCUGUUCGGUGAGCAGAAAAAAGUUGUGAAAGCUGAACUCAAAAAUGAAGUCAAACGAAAGACAAACAUACUGUUGGACUUGCUUGUGAACCGCUCCUCGAGGUGAAAUGAGAAAUCGUUUUAAACCUGUGUUAUCGACUCCUCGGCCUUCUUCUCGACGAAGUAGUUCCUUGACGGCAAGCUCUGAGGGCAAUCUGAACAAUAUAAAUAAACUGCAAGAAGAGUCGGUAAAGAAGGCCAGUGAAGACUCUGCUGUAACAGUGAAAUCCUCAGUAUCAUUAGAAGCAAAUGCAUCUACGAAACAAAAGGAUGGUGACUCAGCAGCAUCAAAAACAUCUUUGUCAUCUACCACUACUGGAUCACAGAGAAGAUCACGUAUCAAACCUACUGUUGUUUCUGUGGCUCGUUCUCGUCCAAAUGCAGCAACCAAGAACAAGAUAUAUGCACACCCAGGCACAAAUGAAUCAGAUGGAAAGUCAAAGGAAGAGAACUUAACAGUUUCUCAAGGUAGGCUGAGUGAUAAAGAAGAUCAGCUGUCAAGAAGGUUGAUAUUUGAUGGAGAGGAUAGUGAAGUUAUUCGUACUUACAGCAGUCAAGAGGGAAAUCAGCUUGUAACAUCAACAAGAAACCCUGUAGAGACCAGUGCCUCUCUUACAAACAUUGAACAUAGAACCCAACCUGUUCCACAGGAAACAGUGGUAAAUCCAUCACAAAUACAGAACAGCAAUGCAAAUUCUGAUGCUCCAGUGCUACAACCUUCUGAUGGUGGGACAACACCUUCAUUACUGCGUCGUAAACGGGUCUUACCUAAUCUUGGAUCUGCUGCAAGGAGAAGGCGUUCUUCUUUGUCAAAAGAAAAUGUGGAAAAAAAUCCUGAUUUUCAAGAAGUCAGGCAAGAAGAAAUAAAUUCAGCUUGCAGAGAUGAGGGACUAAUAUCUGAACAAACUGCUGUGGAUUGCAGUGGGAGUAGAAGCAAGAGACUGCGUACAUUAUCAGAGGAAGAUCAAAAUGUCGACCACGGAACCCCACCUGUUACAUUUCCGGAGAUCCAUGACAAAGAUGAUGUUGAGGAUGAUGAAGAAAGUAGAAAGAAGGAUCUCAAGAGAAAGAGAGGAGGCAGACCCCAUAAACUAAAGGAACCAUCUGAUCCCAGCCACAUGACUAUGCAACAUUUGAUCUACUUCAAUCCCAAGACCAACCCUAUGAGUUCAAGUUUGGCCGGGAGGAAGAGGAAAGCAGAUGACAAGAACAAAAGCAAAAGCCAGAAAGGACAAAAUCCAAAUAAUUCGCAGAACAAAGAGUCAGAUGAUGGGGCAGCUUCUGUUAGAAACACUUCCUUAGAUAGCCAAGAGCCAGGUGUUGACGCAGAUGAAACAGAUGGGGCUGCUGUUGCCCCACGUGUGAAGCUGGCUGCUGAUGGCAGCAUUAUACUGGACGAAGAAAGGUGCAGUAUGUCUGCUCUGAACGCUUUAACUGUACAAUCAUUCUUCUACCUAGAAAAUCACCCUUUGGUGGAGUCCGGCACAUGUUGCAUGACGAGGCUAAAUGGCAGCUUCAAAAGAGGCUACAUUUGUAACUUUACCGUAGAGUGUACUUUGACAAGUCCUUAUUAG